UUAAAUCCUUAUAUUUGUAUAUUUCUUAGUUGUGAGUUUGCUCAAUUUUCUUUUCAUUCUUGUUCAUCAAUCAUUGUUAUUCGGCAUCUCGAAUCUCCACAUCAGGUGAAACUGGUGGAGUGAGAAAUGGCUUCAAGCACAAGUGAGGAGGCAGGAAUAGGAAAGUCUCUGGAGGGAGUGUCAAAGGGGCAGCAGAUGGAAAAUGGAACUCCAUUAACAUCACCUCCAUACUGGGACAGUGAUGAUGAUGGUGGACCUAAACCAGUUGAGCUAUAUGGAAAAUAUACCUGGAAGAUUGAUAAGUUUUCACAAAUUAACAAGAGAGAACUUCGGAGAAAUGUUUUUGAGGUUGGCGGCUACAAAUGGUACAUUUUGAUUUAUCCUCAGGGAUGUGAUGUCAGCAAUCAUCUCUCUUUGUUUCUUUGUGUGGCUAAUCAUGACAUGCUUCUUCCAGGCUGGAGUCAUUUUGCACAAUUUACUAUAGCUGUGGUUAACAAAGAUCCGAAGAAGUCCAUAUAUUCAGAUACAUUGCAUCGUUUCUGGAAGAAAGAACAUGAUUGGGGAUGGAAAAAAUUUAUGGACCUUUCCAAAGUUGUAGAUGGAUUUCUUGAUUCUGAUACCCUCAUUAUCAAAGCUCAAGUUCAAGUCAUCAGAUUUAUAUCGACUCGUUCUUCUAUAUAGGAGAGAGCAGACCGUCCUUUCCAUUGCCUUGACUUUCAAUAUCGGAGAGAACUUGUUAGGGUGUAUUUAACGGACGUUGAGAAAAUUUGCCGUCAUUUUGUGGAAGAGCAACGAGGAAAGCUUGGGAAAUUUAUAGGGGAUAAAGCUAGAUGGCCGAGUUUCUGUGCUUUUUGGCUGGGAAUAGACCAGAAUUCUAGACGCCGCAUGUCCAGGGAGAAAUCAGAUCAGAUUUUGAAAUUGGUGAUCAAGAACUUCUUCAUAGAAAAAGAGGUUACGUCUACUCUUGUGAUGGAUUCGUUGUACAGUGGGCUUAAAGCUCUGGUAGGCCAGACUAAUGGAAAGUCAGGUAAAGGGAAACAUUUAGAUGCAGAGGAACAAACAGUUCCUAUUGUUUCCAUGGAGAACGACAUGUUUGUCUUGGUGGAUGAUGUCUUGCUUUUGCUUGAGAAGGCUGUUUUGGAGCCGUUGCCUCCAAAGGAUGAUAAAGGUCCUCAGAACCAUACAAAUGAUGACACUUCUGGAGAGGACACGAACAGAGAUUCCAUUCAGCGUGAUGAGAGGCACUUAACUGAACUAGGUCGGCAAACUAUUGAAAUAUUUGUCUUUGCACAUAUUUUCAGUAAAAUAGAGGUUGCAUAUGAGGAAGCUGUUGCAUUAAAGAAGCUAGAGGAACUCAGCACUGAAGAGGCUGUUUAGCUGGCUGAAACUGAGCAGAAACCUAAACUAGCAUCUG